AUGGAGUCCGUCGUGAUCGACUACAAUACCGAAGACCCCGAGAACACUGAGCCAGGAACUACCACUGAUGUCUUCGCUGGGCUUCGUCGCGUCCCUGGAAAAUUCCCACCUCUUGCACUAUUGAUCCUCAUUGUUGAACUUGGAGAGCGUUUCACAUACUUUGGCGUCAGUGGGCCAAUCCAGAACUACAUAAACAACCCUUAUAGUCCCGAGUCAAACCUUCCUGGCGCCCUAGGCAAAGGCCAAUCUGUCGCCACUGCUCUCGGUGACUUCUUCAAGUUUUGGGCGUAUGCCUCUACCAUAAUUGGUGCAAUUAUUGCAGAUCAAUAUCUCGGCAAAUUCAAGACUAUCACACUUGCGCUGGGAAUUUACAUUGUCGGCCUCAUUAUCCUUGUUGGUACUUCCACGCCGGCUGGAAUUGAGAAUGGUGCUGCAUAUGGUGGUUUGAUCACCGCAAUGGUCGUCAUUGGCCUUGGUACAGGUGGAAUCAAAGCUAACGUCACUCCGAUGUGUGCCGAGCAAUAUCAAAAUGCGAAACCGGUGUUGAGAGUUCUUAAAACCGGAGAAAAGGUUGUCGUUGAUCCAGAGCUAACUGUUCAGCGGCUUUUCAUGUGGUUCUACUGGGUUGUUAAUGUCGGAGCCCUCUCACCUUUGAUCACGACGACCGUUGAGUCGAAAGUGUCUUUCUGGGUGGCAUAUCUGAUUCCCUUGAUUGUGAUCGUGUUGUCAGCGAUUGUAUUUAUAUCUGGCCAGAAACGCUAUAUCAGAAUCCCUCCACAGGGAUCUGCCAUCGUUGACGCAUGCAAGGUACUGAAUAUUGUUCGGCAAGAGAAGCACUUCAAUGACGCGCUACCAUCAGCUUUGGAAGCAUCAGGGCGACUAGAGAAAUAUCCAUUCGCAUCGUCACCUCAAUACACGGAUCAGUAUGUUUUAGACGUACGCCGUGGCUUCAGAAGCUGCAGAAUGUUUGCCUUCUUCCCUUUCUACUUUAUUUGCUGGGUUCAGAUAUGGAACAACCUGAUCUCACAAGCUGGAACAAUGGCUCUGCAUGGAACCCCAAAUGAUCUCCUGCAAAACCUUGACCCAAUUGCAUUAUGCAUCUUUAUUCCUCUCCUUGACUUGGGCGUUUAUCCCCUACUUCGGAAAUGGAACAUCAACUUCAACCCGGUCUACCGAAUCUUCGCAGGCUUUGUUCUCGCAUCUUUAGCUAUGGCCUAUGCUAGUGUUCUUCAGCACUAUAUUUAUAUCUCACCAAUAGACAGUAUUCAUGUCUGGAUACAGGCUCCGGCAUACAUCUUUGUGGCUUUAUCUGAGGCAUUCAUCGUCAUUACGGGUCUCGAGCUGGCCUUCACUCAUGCCCCAAAGAGUUUAAGGUCUUUUGUCUCUGCACUAUUCUGGUUGACUAUCGGUAUAGCGGCGGCAAUCUGUAUUGGUCUUAGCCCUGUAUCCCAAAACCCCUACCUUGUUUGGAUGUAUGGGUCUCUGGCAAUCGUGGGCUUUGUGGCUGGGUGCGCAUUCUUACUAUGCUUUCGGAAAAUUGAUCCAUGUGACCAAUCGCUGGUCGAAGGCAUUUCUAUCGAAGCAGACGCAACGGUGUCUCCUACCAAGGCGAACAAUGAGAAGUCUAAUCUGCAAUCUUAG